AUGCCGCCGCCGGACGGUCCGCUUCCCCUGUCAAGUCACGGAGACAUCCAGAACGUCGAGCCCAUCAUCAAAUCGAUCCCCGCGUUGCUCGCGUUCGUCUCCAAAGUGACGGACUCCCUUCCGGAGCCUGUGCCCCAGAGCGACGACGGCGGUGUCGCCGCCGAGGAGGGGAAGGUCGAGGCCAAGGGCGGCGGCGGCGGCGAGGGAGGCUCGAGCUGGAGCGCGAGCUCUCGUGGGAGCAAUGGUACGCUUCGGAAUCAGGCGGAGAAGUUGCGGAGAGACCUCAACUACAUCGAGCGCACGCUGACCAAGUUCAGGAAGUUGGAGGUGGACUUCGGCUCGCAGUUCGAGAACAUUGAGGAACAACGCCGUUCGCUGGAUCAGAUCCUGAGCAGCAUGGCUCAGGUUCCUUCUCUCCGUAAACUGUCUACCUCUAAUGCUAGUGCUCAUCAAUCGGACACGGGGUUCGUGUUUAACGCGUACUACCUUGUCGAUGAAAUGCCGAAACAAGACAUGAAGAAAAAAGUUCUGGGUGCCCCUGCUUUCGAAGAGUUUUUCGAUGACCUCUCGUGUGUUUUUGAGGAUCUCGACCCGAGAUCGAAGCUGUGCUUGCUUUGUUUCUCUCUGUUCCCUGAGAAUGCUGUUUUGAGGAAGAGGCUUAUAGUGAACUGGUGGACGGGAGAGGGUUUGGUGGAUUCCGACGAUGCGAGCGCUGAUGAUGUUUUCAAGGAGCUCAUUGCGAAAGGUUUGGUCGAACCUGUACUCAAGAAACGCAAACUGAUCGGAUUCAAGAUGGAUCCUUUGGUCCGCUUUGUGGUAAUUGCCGUUGCGGGGAAAGUUGGGUUCUUUAGUUUCAAUUCGAUGGGAGUUCCUACUGAAGACUUCUCGUGGUCUUACAGAGCAUGCUUGGUGAGAACUGAAGGAAAAUCUUCUAGGGAGAGGUUGACAAAAAAUGAGAAUGAUCUGGAAAAACUGCAAACCACGUUCAACGUCAACGAUCCUUAUCCUGAUUUUAAGCUGGAUUGGUUCUCGAAGCUGAAAAAUCUCAAUGUACUAUACCUUAGUAGUUGGCAAGAUUUUGCCAAGCAUCAUAUAGAAGUUGAGGGCACGUAG